CUUGUGCCGCUGCCGUUCAAACUUGUCAGUCAACUCGUGCCAGCAGCCUCAGCGUCUGCCUCCCCAGCACACCCUCAUUACAUGUGCCUGUCUAGCCUGAUCUGUACAUCUGCUCAGAGACACUCCUGCCGAGUCGGGGAUUUCUGCCUUUCACCACUGCUGGAAAGAGCUUCUCCUUGCUCACCCCCGCUCCUCUCCCCAAGGAGGCUCCUACUUUAUGGUAGAUUUGGACUUCCUUCGCCGUCUGCCUGCCCUUGACUUCUAGAAUGGAAGAAGCUGAGCUGGUGAAGGAGAGACUUCAGGCCAUCACAGAUAAAAGAAAAAUACAGGAAGAAAUCUCGCAGAAGCGUCUGAAGAUAGAGGAAGAAAAAUUAACACACCAGCAUUUGAAGAAAAAGGCCUUGAGGGAGAAAUGGCUUCUAGAUGGAAUCAGCAGUGGAAAAGAGCAGGAGGAGAUGAAGAAGCAAAAUCUACAAGACCAACACCAGAUCCAGGUCCUAGAACAGAGCAUCCUCAGACUUGAGAAAGAGAUCCAAGAUCUUGAAAAGGCUGAGCUGCAAAUCUCAACCAAUGAAGAGGCAAUUUUAAAGAAACUAAAAUCAAUCGAGAGAACAACAGAAGAUAUAAUAAGGUCUGUGAAAGUGGAAAAGGAAGAAACAUCAGGAGAGUCCAUUGAAGACAUCUAUGCUAAUAUCCCUGACCUUCCAAAAUCCUAUGUACCUUCCAGACUAAGGAAGGAAAGAAAUGAAGGAAUAGAAGAUGAUGAACAAAAUAGAAAAGCUUUGUAUGCCAUGGAAAUUAAAGUUGAAAAAGACUUGAAGACUGGAGAAAGUACUGUCCUGUCUUCAAUACCUCUCCCAUCAGAUGAUUUUAAAGGUACAGGAAUAAAAGUUUAUGAUGACGGGCAAAAGUCGGUCUAUGCAGUAAGCUCUAAUCACAGCACAGCAUACAAUGGCACAGAUGGCCUGGCACCCGUCGAGGUAGAAGAACUUCUAAGACAAGCUUCAGAGAGAAACUCUAAAUCCCCAACAGAGUAUCAUGAGCCUGUAUUUGCCAAUCCGUUUUGCAGGCCUACAACCCCACAGAGAGAGAAGGUAACCCCUGUACCAAACUUUCAAGAAAGGAUCAAGAUGAAGGCUAACGGACUGGGUAAUGAUAUGAAUGGAUCCAUACACUGCAUGGACAAUGGACUUCCAGAGCGGGGCAACAGCUUCAAUCACAUCAGUCCCGUUCGGCCAAAACCUCAUCCCCGGUCAGUGACUCAACAAGCAGGGGAGACAGCCCACACCAUGCAAAAGAGGCAGAUGGCUCCUUGGGAAGAAUCAGAUAUGACGCAGGAUCACUAUGCACCCUCUCCAAAGGCAAGACUGAGUCCCAGUGAAGCACCGGCCAGGAAGUCGGAGCACCAGAGCUCUCCUGCUUGCCCGGAGGAUGAGGAAGACGUUAGAUACAAUAUCAUGCAUUCCCUGCCUUCUGACGUGGCCAAUGCAGAGCCUGUGACAAUGAUUUUCAUGGGCUAUCAGCAGGCAGAAGACAACGAAGAAGAAAAAACGCUUCUGACAGGGUAUGACGGGAUCAUCCACGCGGAGCUGGUUGUGAUCGACGACGAGGAGGAGGAAGGAGACGGAGCGGCGGAGAAACCAUCCAACCACCCCGCGGCUCCCCGCAGUCAGGUGUACCUGCCUGCCAAGCCCACGCCGCUUCCCAGGAAGAGACCAGAAGGGAAUUCCCAUGAAAACGCCAACUACAGAUCGGCCCACAAAAACUCCAUGUCCCUGAGGGAGCAAGAAGAACGCUUAGGCGGCCGCGCCCACCACUCUCCGUUCGAUGUUCAGGUAGCUGGAGAUGGGACUGAGGAUCCAUCCUUAACAGCUUUAAGGAUGAGAAUGGCAAAGCUGGGGAAAAAAGUUAUCUGAGAGGUGUAUCAUCUACAUAAACAUCCUUUGGAGAAGAAACUAAGAAAUGUAAAAAUUUCUCUUCUGGAUAUUUUGUUUCUAUUUCCUGAGAUCCAAAAAUAUAUAAUUGUACCCAUAUUAAGCCAUGUGAAUAAGCAGCAGUCAUUAUUUGCAAAAAAACUCCAAAGAAAGCUGGGGAGAACAAACACUUAACUUUUCCAGUUACUUGACACAACUCAGUGGGGAGAAAACCAGCAUAUUUUUAUUGUAUUGAUACCAAAGCAUUUCUAAUGAGACCUGGUUAAAUUUAAGAAUAAAGUUAUUUAAAAUAG